UAUCAAAAAACGGUUAUCACGCCCUAUAUUUAUAGUGAGAGAACCGUCCGCCUUCUCUUUCUCCCUCUCUUCAUCCCUUUGAUCAGACAGACAAAAAAACCUGUUUAAUGUUAACUUUUUGUUAAUUCUUUUUCAAUAUUGUUUCUUAAAAGAAUAAACAAAAGGUUUUCAUUCAUUAUAUCUCCAUUUUUGAAUCUUCAUCGCUGGGGUGGGACGCCAAUUUGGCGUUCAUUUUCCAGCGAUGAACAACAUCAAAUUUCCAUUCCAAGGUAUAAUCCAAGAUUUUAAAGGAAGGAAAGCUUGUUAUUUGAAUGAUUGGAGCAAUGCACUAUGUACCGGUCCCAGGAUUUUAGCUCCAACCACCUUUAUAUUCUUCGCUUCUGCUCUUCCUGUCAUUGCUUUCGGAGAGCAACUCAGUAGAGAAACAGAUGGAACUCUGAGCACAGUAGAGACUCUUGCUUCAACUGCAAUAUGUGGUAUAAUACAUUCAUUGAUUGGUGGACAGCCAUUGUUGAUCUUGGGAGUUGCAGAACCUACUGUCAUAAUGUACAGUUAUCUGUAUACUUUUGCUUCGAAAACAGAUGCAAUUGGACGAGACCUGUUCUUGGCUUGGGCUGGAUGGGUUUGUGUUUGGACAGCUCUUCUACUCAUUCUUCUUGCUGUAUUCAAUGCUUGUACUGUCAUCAAUAAAUUUACAAGGGUUGCAGGAGAACUUUUUGGCAUGUUAAUUGCAGUUCUUUUUCUUCAACAAGCUAUAAAGGGAAUGAUAGGUGAAUUCAGCAUUCCUGUUGGUGAUAAUCCAAAGUUAGGAAAAUACAGUUUUCAAUGGCUAUACACAAAUGGGCUAUUGGGUAUUAUAUUCAGCUUUGGAUUACUCUUCACUUCUUUAAAAAGCAGAGGUGCAAGAUCAUGGCAGUAUGGGAUAGGAUGGUUUCGCAGUUUUAUCGCAGAUUACGGAGUUUCUUUGAUGGUGAUAGUAUGGGCAGCAUUAUCAUUCAGUAUACCAGGUAAAACUCCUUCUGGAGUUCCAAGGAGACUGCAAAGUCCUCUUCCUUGGGAUUCUGCAUCUCUCGAGCACUGGACCGUAGUCAAGGACAUGCUAAGGGUCCCAUUGCCAUACAUAUUUGCUGCUUUCAUACCGGCUGUUAUGGUUUCGGGUCUUUAUUUCUUUGACCAUAGUGUUGCUUCACAAAUGGCACAACAGAAAGAUUUUAAUCUCAAGAAACCCUCUGCUUACCAUUAUGACAUCUUAAUUCUUGGGAUUUUGACUUUAAUCUGUGGAUUACUCGGACUCCCUCCUUCGAACGGAGUGCUGCCGCAGUCUCCUAUGCAUACCAAAAGUCUAUCUGUUCUUAACAGGCAGUUGAUUAGAAGGAAAAUGGUAAAAAGUGCAAAGGAAGGCAUGAAACAGAAUGCUACCAGCUCCGAAAUUUACGGCAGGAUGCAGGAGGCUUUCAUAAAAAUUGAGAAAGCUCCACCUCCAUCAGCAGCUGAAGAGCUCAAAGACUUGAAGGACGCUGUAAUAGGCGAGGAUGGAGGGACCAUAAGUGGUCAGUUUGAUCCUGAAAAGCACAUCGAUGCUUACUUACCUGUCCGGGUUAAUGAGCAAAGACUUAGCAACUUUUUACAAGCACUUUUAGUGGCAAUAUCAUUACUUGCCAUGCCUGUAAUUAAGAUGAUUCCGACGUCAGUGCUGUGGGGAUAUUUUGCUUACAUGGCAAUUGACAGUCUCCCUGGAAGCCAAUUCUGGGAAAGACUGUUACUGCUUUUUGUUGCUCCUAGCCGACGAUACAAGAUUUUGGAAGCAGCACAUGCUUCUUAUGUGGAGAGAGUUCCGUUUAAGUACAUUGCUCUAUUUACAAUCUUGCAGCUGUUGUAUCUUCUUCUUUGUUUCGGAAUAACUUGGAUACCUAUUGCCGGAAUUUUGUUCCCCUUGCCGUUUUUUCUGCUCAUAACCAUAAGACAGCAUAUACUUCCCAAAUUCUUUCACCCACUUCACCUUCAGGAGCUGGAUGCUGCUGGAUAUGAGGAAAUUGAAGGAGCUCCAAAACGCAGUCACUGUGUCUCAUUCAAGGAUUCGGAUGAAGAUUCUGACUUCGAAUCGUGUGAUUCUGAGAUACUCGAUGAGCUAACUACAAGUAGAGGAGAGCUGAAGCUUAGAUCUAAAAAGUUUAAUGAAGAAAAGAUUAGCCAGAUUCAUCCCGGGUUUGAUGCUGCAAGAAACGAAGAUGAAAUUGUAAGAUUGUGAAGAACAGUUCAAAUUCACAACAGAGACUGCAGGUUAAAAAGAUCAUGUUGGUAAUUCUUUUAACAGUAUUAAUGAAUUAAUACAAGAAAGAAAAGAAGAAUAUGAAAAAUGAGAGGAAGCACAUAAAUGAGAGAACAUUCUCGUUCAAAUUUCCCAUUUUCCUUCACCAGGACAUUUAUUAUUGUUAUUAUUAGGAUUAAUUUUGUAUUUUCCUUGGUUUCUUGGAAAGAUUACAUCGUCAACGACAGGCGUAAAGGAAGGGAGGUUAGCAAGAUUUAAUUUGUAAAUGUUAGAAAAUGGAAUGAAUUUGAUGAAAUACUUUUGACA